AUGCCUACGCACUGCUGUGUUCCCGGCUGCACCAAGAAAGGCUAUCUUGAAGAGCGUAAAAAAAUUUCUUAUUUUAUUUUCCCUACUGAUAAAUCUCUACGAAACAGUGCAGUCAUGCAAUCAGGAGAGAUGAAGGGAAAAAACUUUCAGAUAAGUAAAUCCACUAAGGUAUGCUCGAGGCAUUUUAAAACGGAGGACUUUCAGAGAUCGCUAGGUAGAAGUAAGAUAAAUCUCAAACCUGGAGUCGUUCCUUCAGUAUUUUCGUGGCGCACGUCUCCUCGUAAACGAAAGCCCCCACCAUUCAGACAUUUAGUAGCAACAGGUUUUGACGAUAUCUCAGAGGCUGUUAGCGAGAAUGAAGAUAAUUUGGAAUCGAUUGAACAGCCACCAUAUCAAGAAAUAUCAACACAAACGGACGAGACUUCGGUCUUUGAAAAUACAACUCAGACUGAAGACAAAGUAUUCGAAGACAAAGAAUCUCAAACAGAACAUAACGAUUUAAUUGGAAUAAUGGAAAAAGAGAUUGCUGGUUUGAAAGCCGAGAUUGAUAAACUUAUGAAACAGACUGAUGCACUGAAAGCUAAACUAUUCAAUGUUGAUAGAUUUCGUUCCAACUCAUCGUCGAUCAGCUUUUACACCGGAUUUCCUGACUUUGAGGUGUUUAAAACAGUAUUUGACUUCCUUGAUCCUGGCGAAUAUGGUCAAAACAUUAGGUACUGGACAUCUUUAAAUACCAAGGAACCUUUACUUGAUAUUUACGACAACGAACACUACAGUAAAUCAGAAAAAGGACGACCAAGAGCUCUUAAGGCAAUUGAUGAGUUUUUCUUAGUGAUGUGUCGUCUAAGACAAGGCUUUGCUGAAGAGCACCUGAGUAAUCUGUUCCAUAUUUCAUUAUCAACAGUAAGCCGAGUUGUUAUAUCCUGGGUCAAUUUUAUGUACCUUAAAUUUGCUCAGAUUAAUAUAUGGCCCUCAAGAACAGUAAUUGACAACACCAUGCCAGAAGCUUUUAAAGCAAAAUACUCAGCAACAAGGGUUAUUAUUGACUGCACUGAGGCGGUGCAAUGA